AUGUUAUCAAGGGCUUUGUGUAUACGACCUGUAAGGCCUACUACGUUGUCUAUCCUGAGAGGGAAUACUCUCAAAUCACCAAAGUUUUCAACUAUAUCGUAUGUUGCUGAAAAUUUUGAAACUUUACAUGAAGCUUCAAAAUUACCAUGGCUAAUUUUAAUUCCAGCAACAACAGUCUUAAUGAGAACGUUUUUAACAUUACCAUUGAGUAUAUUACAAAGAAAAAGAUUGGUAAAACAAAAUGAAUUGAGAAACAUCGUAUCAUCAAUAUCACCGGUGGUAAAAUUUAGAUUAGCUCAAACUCAAAAGCUUACACCUGAGCAGAUAACAUAUUUAUCAAUGAAAGAAACUAGAAAAAGACAGAAGAAACUAUUUAAAAAAUAUAACGUAGAUAUGUGGAAAAAUGUACUAUUACCAUUAGUACAAAUACCUUUAUGGGUAACAAUUUCCUUAGGUAUAAGGAAACUUACGGAUGGCAGCACUACACUAAUUGAAACGAAUAACAUAUAUAAUAUAUUAGAUGUCAGCACUGAUUUGAGUUUAGCAUUAGAUUCGGCUCCUUUUUUGUUGCCAAUAGUACUAGGUACUGUGUCAUUAAUUAAUGUUGAAUAUAAUGGAAUCAUGUUCAAUAAGAGAAACUUUAAAGGUUAUGACAAUACGAAAUUAUCCAAAACCACACAAAGCAUACUGACUGUAUCAAGAUUAGGUAGUAUAUUCAUGAUGGGUGUUUCAUCACAAGCAUCGAUUUUAUUAACCGUUUAUUGGAUAACAUCUCAAGUGUUCUCUUUAAUACAGAACUAUAUUCUUGAUACUUUAUGGCCGUUACAUAAUAAUGACACUAACAUGUAA